AUGUCGACCACCGACAGCAUCCCCCCGCACGCGUCGCCCGCAAGUGACCCAAAGUCCAUCACAGGCCUCCUCUCCCGCGCUCUCCGCCGCAUCCGCUCCACGCCCCCCAGGAUCAUCGCAUCCCCCGCGACCCAGCCUCGCCGCGCAGCCGUCGCCCUCAUCCUCCGCGUCGUGCCCCCGCCCAAUGUGCCCCUCCCGCCCUCCCCGCCGCCCGCGCCCCCCUCUCUCACCGACUUUUUCGACCUCGACUGGGUAAAACACCCCGCCGCCCGCCCCGAGAUCCUCUUCCUCCGCCGCGCAAAGGCAGACGCCUCCGAGGCCCACGCCAACACCCGCGACGCCCACGUCGCUUUUCCCGGCGGCAGGAUGGAGGAGGGCGACGAGGGCGGCCUCUACACCGCCAUGCGCCAGACCUGGGAGGAGAUUGGCCUCGAUUUGGCAGAGGCCGACUACACCUGCAUCGGCCAGCUCGACGACCGCGAGAUCACCACCUCGCUCGGCAAGCGCCUUCUCAUGAUCCUCUCUCCCUACGUCUUCCUGCAGCUCACCCCCACGGACCCGUCCACGGACCCGACCCCUGAGACGUCCCUGCACUGGAUCCCGCUCACCGCCCUCUUCCCGUCCCCGACGUCCGUCAUCGGGCCCUGCCCCGGCCCGCUCUGGUCCACCGUGACCGUCGACGCCGCCUCGCGCCUCGCCCCGCGCCACUCCACCGCCCUCCGCCUCCUCAUGCGCGCCCUCGUCGGCAGCAUGCAGUUCCCCGCCCUCGUCCUCGCGCCCCCCGCCGCCCCCAUCGACCCCGACGCCAGCCCCGAAAAAGAGCCCCUCCCGCGCGGCUCGCUCGAAGCCCUCAAGCUCUGGGGCCUCUCGCUCGGCAUGACCCUCGACCUCCUCGCCUACAUGGCCCCCGCCCCCGGCGCCCCGCUCACCCCGUGGGACGCCGACGCCCUCAUGGGCGUCUCGGGGCUCCCGCUCGGCGCGGACGAGGACAUCGACUACGACUCGGGCAGGGGCGGCCGCCGCGGACGUGGGCGCAUCAACGCGCCGCCGAGCUUGACCGCCGUGUUCCCGCGCUUCUCGUACCCGGACGUGAACUUCUGGAUCUGGGUGUUCGGGAAGCGCUACCGCGAGGUGAUCCGUGGAUGGGAGACCUCCGUGCGCGCAGGCGGCACGAACGACAGACGGAUAAACUGGACGGGUGCCGCACUGACGACGUUCUACGCCGCCGUGCGCAAGGCGCUCAUCGUCGUGCUCGUGCUCCGCGCCAUCGGCGUGCUCGUGAGCGUCACCGUCGGCCUCUGGUGGGCGUUCCGCUGA